UCCUCUGUGCCAGCCCAGAUCCUCCUAUGUACUGUGCCUGAUUUGCUGGGCAGUGCAUAUGACGGGCAAAAAAUGUGUGUUGGCACUAUGUUGGCACAGUGGCUGUAACUUCAUCUCCAUGUUCCCUGUGGGUCUUCUACAGUCGACAGAAUAAAGAAAAUGUCUGGUAAUGAAGAUUAUCACCUACUGGUCCAAGGUAUCUCUAGUAUAAAUGUCUCUGGGAACUGUGUACCGUGCCAACUUCUCCUGUCUGGUGAUGAGGCUUUUCCAGUCCUAGCAAGUCCUGGAAAACAUGUCCUCAUUGCUGCCUCCAAGUAUGGGAAGGGACGUGUUGUGGUCAUGAGCCACGAGGGAUUCUUGAACCUGCCACAAUUCAUGGAUUUCCUAAAAAAUGCAAUCUCUUGGCUGAAACCUUCCUCAGAAGCCGUAAUUGGUGUAAACAGCAACCUGGGUGAUUUGGAACAGACUCUUUCUGCCUCUGGACACAAGACUGAAAAGAUCUCUGGUCUGAAGGAAGCUCUAGGAGUGCUCUGCACAAGUGGAUAUAGUGAUGGCCAGGCACAGGAAAUAGUCUCCUUUGUUAAAAAAGGAGGAGGUCUUCUCAUUGGAGCUCAGGCUUGGCACUGGGCGCAAUGCCACAAAGAAGACAAUGUGCUGUGUAAUUUUCCUGGGAACAAAAUAACAUCAGUUGCUGGGAUAUAUUUCACUGGUCAGUAUGGAGAAACAGGAAAUUUUAACGUGAGUGAAAAAAUACCAUGGUGCCCUUUCUACAAAAAUGUGAACUUUUCAGCAGAUCUAAAACAUCUGAUGCAAGGUGUUAGUAAUAUGGAUAUUAGCGGACAAUGCGUCCCCUCAGAACUUCUCCUUCAUGGACCUCUGACUUUUCCAGUUGGUCUGACCAACAGUAACCAGUGCUUUUUUGGUGCUGCGUAUUAUGGAAGAGGGCGUGUUGUUGUGGGGACACAUGAAGGCUAUCUUUGGAAACCAGAGCUGAAAACCUUUCUGCUCAAUGCUAUUUCGUGGCUGGCUAUGGGAAGACAAGGAAAGAUUGGUCUUGUUGAAAAACUGAACAAUCUUGCACGUGUCCUACAGACUGAACGCUUACAAUAUGUGGUCUCUAAUUUAGUCCCUGAUCUCAGUGUGUACUGCUGCACAUCAUACUCUGACGCCGAGGCAGAAAAAAUCCAGCAGUUUGUGGCAGAAGGUGGGGGGCUCCUAAUUGCUGGCCACGCCUGGUACUGGUCUUACUCUCACCCAAAUGUGCUUUCUCAAUAUCCAGGAAACAAAAUCCUCAACAAGCUUGGAAUAAGCAUUUUAGGGAGCACUGCUGCUCAGGGGAUUUAUAAGGUUCUGGAUCCUCAGGGAGAGGCUACUAUCUACCAUUUUCCUAGAGCAGUCUGUGAACUGUUAUGUGACUUGAAGAGUGGGGCCGAGUUGACACCACAUCUGAACAACUGGCUGCCUAAACUCAGACAAGAUGUUUCUGCUUUCAUGAAGUUGCCAUCCAGCCCUCUUGUUUCAUCUCUACAGGAAGAACUGGUACACCUAGUACAUGGUUGUAGUAUGCCCAGCAUCAGCAAGCAAUGUCCAGCAAAAAGCUGCUCCAAGGAGGCUUUCAUGAUGUGCCUGGCGCAAGAAGUUAGUUGUCUGGAUAGACUACAUGAUGUAGAAUGUGAUGGUGGUCCAUGCAAACCCCCUGUCACAGUGGAAAUUGAUGCCACAAACCCUGGUGGUGAUGCAUGGAGAAGCACAGGGCUCUACUUGCCCCCUCGGAAAACAGCAACACUUGUUUUUCCAGCCUCAGCCGUGGGGAAAGGACUGCAGGUGCAGGUCGGCUGUCACUCCGAUGACCUGAGUGGUGCGCAGCAGUUUUGUCGGGCACCAGUGGUUGUGAGCAAGAAAAGUAUUGUUAAUGAGAAGGUUUCAAUAUCCACAGUCUGGGGUGGACUUCUAUACAUUAUUGUCAAAGACAAGAGCCAACUAGGCAGUAUUCAGAUUUCAGUGCAAGGAGUAGAACUAGCUCCUAUGUUUAUAAAGGGUAAGACUAAGCGGGCAUCUUGGGUGCAAAACAUUCAGAAAUAUCCAUCUCCUUGGGCUGAGCUCAUUACAGAGAACAUUAUCCUUACUGUCCCAUCUGAUGCAAUCCGCUCACUAGAAGAUCCAGAUGCCUUAAUGUCUCAGUGGGAUACGAUCAUGGAAGCGAUAGCUGAUCUAGCUUCAGUUCCAAAGAAGUUUCCACGUCCAGAAAGAUUUGUUACUGAUGUUCAGAUAUCAAAUGGUUGGAUGCAUUCUGGAUACCCAAUAAUGUGUCAUUUGCCAACAGCAUCUACUUUAGUAAGUGUUGCAGACAUAAAGAAAGGUCUGUGGGGGCCUAUACAUGAGCUUGGUCACAACCAGCAGAGAGGAGUUUGGGAAUUCCCUCCUCACACCACAGAAGCCACCUGUAACCUGUGGUCAGUAUAUGUGCAUGAAACCGUACUGGGGAUCCCAAGGGAUAACGCUCAUCCUGCUCUUAAGCCAGGAGACAGAGAAAAAAGAAUCAAGCAGUAUCUGACGAAUGGAGCCAAUCUUAAUGAGUGGAGCGUGUGGACAGCACUUGAGACUUAUCUUCAGUUACAAGAGGCCUUUGGUUGGGAGCCAUUUAAACGGGUUUUCUCAGAGUACCAAACAAUGACAAAGGUCAGCAACAACAAGAAUGAUAAGAUGAAUCUUUGGGCGGAAAAGUUCUCUCUUGCAGUCAAUAAAAAUCUGGCUCCAUUCUUCCAGGCCUGGGGAUGGCCCAUUAAUGACACUACCAGCAGCAAACUGUCGAUGUUGCCUCAAUGGGACAAGGAUCCUAUGAAAUCUUAUGUCAGUUCAAAGUAAACCUUAAAGGGGUAUUCCGGUUCACUGGAUUGGGUCUGCUUUGAAAGCAUUGUGCAAGUUUUCCAAUUCUCUAAUAUACUGUAAUAAACAUUUUUGCACUGUUCU